CUUUCUCGAGCCGCCGACAGGAGGCGCUGUGGCGAUCAGCAUCAUCGUCAUCAGCAGCAGCAUCGUCACCUCACCGCCCUUCCUGCAGCAUCUUCACCUUCAGCCAGCGCCGCACCCGAACCCCGAACCACCACCGACCCAGGACCCGGAUCCACGGACACACACCGACCUGCCUCACCAUCCGGCCUCUGGACGGUGCAGCGGCUCGUUUUGUUGUUUAUUUUCUCUGUUUGAUAAAUUAGCGUCGUCACCGGAGAAAACGACGUCCAUCUGCGCCAGAACCGGUCCCGGUGCGUCUCGGAUCCGCCCGCCGUCGUCUCGUGUGUUUUUUUGGACUCAGGACGUCGUCAGUUCGAGUCUCUCCCCGUCGUCAUGGCCGACCUUCCAGCCGAGUGCAACAUUAAGGUUCUGUGUCGGUUCCGUCCGCUCAACCAGUCUGAGAUCAUCCGCGGGGAUCAGUUCCUGCCCAAAUUCCAAGGAGACGACACCGUCAUCCUGGGGGGGAAGUCGUACGUGUUCGACCGAGUGUUUCCAACCAACACCACCCAGGAGCAGGUCUACAACACCAGCGCCAAGCAGAUCGUCAAAGAUGUGCUGAGUGGAUACAAUGGAACCAUCUUUGCAUAUGGACAAACGUCCUCCGGGAAGACGCACACCAUGGAGGGAAAGCUGCACGACCCUCAUCAGAUGGGCAUCAUCCCUCGUAUCGCUGAGGACAUUUUCAACCACAUCUUUGCCAUGGACGAGAACCUGGAAUUCCACAUCAAGGUUUCUUACUUUGAGAUCUACAUGGACAAAAUCCGUGAUCUUUUGGACGUGACAAAGACCAACCUGUCUGUUCACGAGGAUAAGAACCGGGUGCCCUAUGUCAAGGGAUGCACAGAGCGUUUUGUCUCCAGCCCCGAUGAGGUGAUGGAUGUGAUCGAUGAGGGAAAAUCAAACCGCCACGUUGCCGUAACCAACAUGAACGAACACAGUUCUCGCAGUCACAGCAUCUUCCUGAUCAACAUCAAGCAGGAGCAUGUGGAGACGGAGCAGAAGCUCUGUGGAAAGCUCUACCUGGUGGAUCUGGCUGGUAGUGAGAAGGUCAGUAAGACCGGGGCUGCAGGAUCCGUCCUGGAUGAGGCUAAGAACAUCAACAAGUCUCUCUCUGCUCUGGGCAACGUCAUCUCCGCCCUGGCAGAGGGCACGAAGACUCACGUGCCGUACCGAGACAGUAAGAUGACCCGCAUCCUGCAGGAUUCUCUAGGGGGCAACUGCCGCACCACCAUGUUCAUCUGCUGCUCUCCUUCCAGCUACAACGACACCGAGACCAAGUCCACGCUGAUGUUUGGACAGCGUGCAAAGACCAUCAGGAACACUGCCUCCAUCAACCUGGAGCUGACGGCAGAGCAGUGGAAGAGGAAGUAUGAGAAGGAGAAGGAGAAGAACAAGACUCUGAAGGACACCAUCCAAAAGCUGGAGGCUGAACUCAGCCGCUGGAGAAACGGUGAGGAUGUGCCUGAGAUGGAGCAGACCACCUCUGACGUGAUGAACCGUGUGGAGUUUGUGGAAGAGCGCCCCAUAUUGGACAACGACACCUCCUCCAUUGUGGUCCGUAUUUCUGAGGAGGAGCGGCAGAAGUAUGAGGAGGAGAUCCGCAAGCUGUACAAGCAGCUGGAUGAGAAGGAUGAUGAAAUUAACCUGCAGUGCCAGAUGGUGGAGCAACUGAAACGGCAGGUGAUUGAUCAGGAUCGGUGUCUGGCUCUGUCCCAGGGUGACAGGGACAAGGUCCAGGCUGAACUGGGGAGGCUGCAGGUGGAGAGUGACAGUGCUAAAGCUGAGGUGAAGGAGGUGCUGCAGGCCUUGGAGGAGCUGGCCAUCAACUAUGACCAGAAGAGCCAGGAGGUGGAGGAGAAAGGUCUGCAGAACCAACUGCUGGCCGACCAGCUGGCCCAAAAAAUGGCCAGUCUGAUGGAGCUGGAGGCAGAGCUGUCACGUAUGCAGGAGGUGAGCAGUCAGCAGAGGAAGCGCAUCGCAGAUGUCCUCAACGGGUUGAUGAGAGACCUGAGUGAAUUCAGUAGCAUCGUGGGUAACGGGGAGCUGAAGCUGCCGGUGGAGAUCAGUGGAGCCAUUGAGGAGGAGUUCACUGUGGCUCGCCUCUACAUCAGCAAGAUCAAGUCGGAGGUGAAGAGCAUGGUGAAGAGAUGCCGUCAGCUGGAGAACAUGCAGCUGGAGUGCCACCGCAAGAUGGAGGAGACCGGCAGGGAGCUGUCUUCUUGCCAGCUCCUCAUCUCUCAGCACGAGGCGAAGAUCCGCUCUCUGACAGAGUACAUGCAGAGUGUGGAGCAGAAGAAGAGGCAGCUCGAGGAGACCCACGACUCCCUGAGCGAGGAGCUGGCCAAGCUGCAAGACCCGGAUAACUUCCUGUUUGAGGAGAAGGAUGGAGAGAAGGGUGAAAAUGAGGAGGGAAGUAUCAAGAAGGCUUCCCGCCAGCAAGGGGAGUCGCACCGUGGCCUCCAUCACAAGCAGCUGGCGCGUCUCCGCGAUGAGAUGAAUGAGAAGCAGAGGACCAUCGAUGACCUCACAGAUCGUAACUCCAAGCUGGAGCUGGAGCUGGCUCAGGUUCGCUCCGACUUCGAGCGUCUGAAGAGUCAAGACAGCACCAAGAGCGAGCGUCUGGAGGAGCUCUCAUUCCUGCAUGAGCGCCACGAGCAGACCAAACAGGACCUGAAGGGUUUGGAGGAGACUGUCGCCCGCGAACUCCAGACCCUCCACAACCUGCGCAAGCUGUUUGUUCAAGACCUCACGUCGCGGGUUAAAAAAAGUUCCGAAAUGGAACCUGAUGAUAGCGGGGGGCCUUGCACCCAGAAGCAGAAGAUUUCCUUUCUUGAGAAUAACCUGGACCAACUUACAAAGGUUCACAAACAGCUGGUUCGUGACAAUGCAGAUCUGCGUUGUGAGCUUCCAAAGCUGGAAAAACGGCUUCGGUCUACUGCUGAGAGAGUUAAGGCCCUGGAGACUGCACUGAGGGAUGCCAAGGAGGGUGCCAUGAUGGACCGACGCCGCUACCAGCAGGAAGUCGACCGCAUCAAGGAUGUCAUGAGGGCAAAGAAUGCGCUGAGGCGCCCCCAUGCAGCACAGAUUGCUAAGCCGGUGAGGCCAAAGCAGCUCACCGUCUGCUCUCCAACCAACCCAUUCUAUGCCUACAUCCGUGCCACUGAGCAUGCCAACACUUACAGCAAUACCCUCUUCCAAAACAGCGUGACACAACCGAGCGCCGCCAGCAACACCUGCAACCCCAACUCUGUCCAGAUCAACACAGUUUCCACGGCGCUGGGAUACAGAGCAGGCAGAUAUACCGGUGACAUUCUGGAGUCCUUCCCACUCAACAUUGACAACGGCAACACCAUCAGUGAGACGCGAGACAUCAAUGACAACAGCAGGAGUGAAGUUCACUGUGGCAGUGAGGUGGAUGAUUCAAACAGGCAAUACAUCCUUCAGCAGGAGACCGCCGCGAGUUAAUAGAACGAAGACGACCAAACACUGUACACGCCCAAAGCCCCGCCCCUUCCAUCCUUCCAUCUGCAUGCAGCCUCUGUCCUCGUCCCUGCAUCAGUGAUGAAGAUGAUGAUGAAGAUCUGUAGACCUGUAGUCAUCUCCUUAGACCCCGCCCUCUCAUCCCUGUAGUUUCCAGCCCCGCACCUGUGAUUAGGCCUCACUUUGGGGUCCGGUCCGGUUCAGCCGUGUGGGAGGUAAACCUUUGCAGCAGACCAUCGGUGUGUCUCUGAUGGUCGUCUGGUUACCUGCUGAAGUGGUUGAAUUUAAAGCGGGCCGACUCCACAGCUGAUGACUUUGUGCACACACGCUGUAAAUAAUCGUGCUGUAACCCAGCAGCUGUUUGUGUGUUUGCGCCGCCGCCAUGCACACAUUUUGCUGACAUGUGGAAGCUUAAA